AUGGCGAAAGGGAAAGGGAUUGCAGGAACACUCUCAAGGAAAUUGGCGCCACGCGUGAACUAUCAGCAUCAUCAGGUGUACUCCAAUGUUCCAGAGGAUAAGCUUAUUGGGACCGUUUCCCAUGGACGCAAGUUGCCACACUUAUUAUUAUUAUAUUCACUACUAUUAUUACAACUGGCACUGCCAGUUAGUCCAUACUUUAUCAUACUUGGAAGUCCCUCACUAUCGCUGUGUCACCACCUUUUCCACUGUCUCGCAAACUUAAUUUCACACUCCAUGUGCACGAAUUGGACUUGCAUUUUCUCUGUUCUCUUCUCACCCACUAAGCCUCAUACACACGUCAUCAGAUAG